AUGCGUGCGUCGCCUCCCCCAGAGCCAGGAAUGCGUGCGUCGCCUCCCCCAGAGCCAGGUAUGCGUGCGUCGCCUCCCCCAGAGCCAGGUAUGCGUGGGACACCUCCCCCAGAGCCAGAAAUGCGUGCGUCGCCUCCCCCAGAGUCAGGUAUGCGUGCGUCGCCUCCCCCAGAGCCAGGAAUGCGUGCGUCACCUCCCCCAGAGCCAGGAAUGCGUGCGUCGCCUCCCCCAGAGCCAGGUAUGCGUGCGUCGCCUCCCCCAGAGCCAGGUAUGCGUGCGUCGCCUCCUCCAGAGCCAGGAAUGCGUGCGUCGCCUCCCCCAGAGCCAGGAAUGCGUGCGUAG